AGAUAUUCCGUCGGUUUUCAACGCAUCAAUUAUGCAAACCCCAAACGAAUUGUGCGUUGACUAAAUUUCCAAAAAAUAAAUAAAACAUAACAAAACUAUUUGCAAAACAAGAAGACCAGCAUCAAGCAUAACAAGUCAAGCGAGAGCUAAUCAUGGAUGUGGGCGGACAGGAAACAACAUACGAACCACUCGAGGGUCGCAGCAGCGGUCGGACAUCGGGCGGCGGUGGCAUGCGGCAUCCGAAUAGUAUUGACAGUCCCGAGUUCGACACACGCGCCCCAAAGGACCAACGCCAUGCCGUCUAUCUGGCACUCCUUGCAGCGGGCAUUGGAUUCGUGUUGCCCUACAAUAGCUUUAUCAUCGCCGCUGACUAUUGGCAGGCACGCUUUCCGGGUCGCCCGGUGGCCUUGGACAUGUCCAUGACAUACAUCUUUGUCGCUUUCUGCACAGUGCUCUUCAACAACAUUGUUCUUUCGCUGGCGCCCUUUCAGACACGCGUCCUCUUUGGUUAUAUGGUGUCCUUUACCACUCUGAUCUUUGUGGCUGUCUGUGAGGUGGCCUGGCAUGCCUUUGCCACGAAUACAGCGUAUAUGGUCAACAUGUCAGCGGUGGCAUUAACCGCCAUCGGUUGCACGGUGCAACAGUCGAGCUUCUACGGCUUCGCCUCGAUGCUGCCCAAACAGUAUACGCAGGCGGUAAUGGCUGGCGAGAGCAUUGCCGGAUUUCUGGUGUCUUCCAAUCGUGUGGUGACCAAGCUGCUCAUCAACAAUGAUCGCGUCUCGACUGUCAUCUUCUUUUUGACCUCCACGCUAUACAUUCUCUUCAGCUAUCUGCUCCAUGUGGCCACGAUUAAUUCGCCCUUUGUUCGCUAUCACGUGGACGCGUGCUCCAAGAUUGUCCUACGACCUGAUGAGCAAGAAAUCGAUGGUGCCACGAGCAGCACAAAAUACGGAGUACUCUCUAUGGAUGGCACAACGACUACAACCUCAGCUGGACCGCAUCAUUCCAGCGUGAAUGCCACCAACACCCUGAGCUUUAGUAAUCCCGUCUACGAGUUGUCCAAUCCCACGGCAGGCGAGAGCAUCAUCGAGGGACUGGGACAACUGCCCGAUUUGCCAGCGACGCCGCACGAACCGGCCACGCCCACAACGGUGGCCUUCAAGGUGGAGCAUGUGAUAACGCCGCGCCGUUGUCGUCCCAGCAAGCUGAGUGACAUACGCGAGGGAUUCGUCACACGCUGGCGUGUGGCCCAAGUCAUCUAUCCGUACAUGGUGUGCAUUGCAUUGGCCUAUUGUGUCACGCUCUCGCUUUAUCCUGGCAUCGAGGUGGAGAUCACUUCGUGUGCGCUGCGCUCUUGGAUGCCCGUGCUCCUGAUGUUCUGCUUCAACACGUCCGAUGUGGUGGGCAAAAUACUGGCAGCCAGACCGUAUCCCUGGUCUCGGCGACAACUUGUUCUCUUGUCGGGAUUGCGUAUCGUGUUGGUGCCCAUGUUUCUGCUCUGCUGUGCGCCGCGACAUCGUCCAGUCAUCUCCUCGGAAACGGCUCCAUUUCUGUUCACCAUUGCGCUAGGCAUCAGCAACGGUUUGGCUGGCAGUCUGCCCAUGAUGCUGGCGCCGGCUAAAGUGCCUGGCACCUUGAAAGAGGUCACCGGCAAUAUUAUGACGUUGUCGUACAACAUUGGACUCUCGGCUGGAUCGCUGAUUGGCUACGUGUUCGAGGGCAUGUUGGGUCCGCAGCUCGAUAAUCCGUGUCCCAUGCAUCCGUGGUCGAUGCUGGAUCAUUACCACGACCAUUUGCCGCCGCUGCUGCCCACGAGCAGUCCAACGAUGGCAGUGAACACAACGCUGGCGCCGCUCCUGCUCAACACCACCAUGGCCAGCAUCUCAAGCACCGAGAGCAGCUCGACGAGUGUGGUUCCGGUGCCCGCCUUGGCCACGGUUAUCACGACAACGGCACUGGCUCUGUAUAGCACUGUGGCCAGCACCAGUGUGGAGUUGAUUAAUGCCACGGUGACCACAAUGCUAUCGGCGGUUUCAUCAACGGUCGGCGACAUCAGCGGCGAGUUGGGGGGUAGCACAACGGAUCCGCAAACGCCCGAGGCUCUGAUGCAGGACAUCUAAAUUAAGGGAUUGUAGGACUGAUUGUAAAGCAGGCAAGCAAACAAAGAAGAGCUCAUAUUGAAAUGUAUCUUAAAGAUACUUUUUUUGGAGCACAUUCUUUAAAUCUAUGCUUUAGCACCGAGGAGAAAAAGAGACCUCUGCAAAAUUGUAUAGCACAAGUUUCUCUCUCACUGUCUCCUGUAUCUUGUAGCAAAUUUUUGAUUGACAAUGGAUUAGCAAUCGUAGCUCUAACUCUAUUGUAUGUAACAAUCUUAACAAGAAUCUAUUCAACAGCAAAUACCUAGAUAAUAUACAUAUAUCUGUGUGUACUCUUAGGCAAGUCUUCUCACGUGCAAGUUAGGUUAAACAUUCACUUUGGAAGGAGAAUUUAUCAGUCAUGUACUUAAUGUUAACUUUAACUUGUGCAUGAGAGGACACACAUAAUAUAUUACUAUUAAUCCAAUUAAGUGCUACGAUACUCAAGUUGCAACCUGUUGAUUUCGAGUUAUAUAUGUAUAAAAUCAAAUUAGUUAAGAAGAAUUCUACAUAUACGCUUUGUCCGUAUGUCUAUAAGUAAGUCAUUAGGUUACGGAUUAAAAUAGGCUGGUUGAAAUGUUGCAAGAGAAACAAGAUGAACGUAUUGUUGGUUACAGAGAGAGAAUAUUUUUAUAAAUAACGAUGGGCAAACUGCAAUUGUUUGACAUGAAUAUACAUAUAUACAAUGUAAUAGAUUACAAUUUUGAUCUGAAUGUGGCUCAACUUUACAAGUUUUGUUAAGUUUAUAAUACUAUGUGAGGAAUGUUCUUCGAUUGCGGAUAUCACAUAGCUUUUAUAGACACCUUUUGUUUGUAACUCGUAACACAAAACUCCGUUCCAAAAACAAAUAUAUUAACAAAUUGCAUAGUAUAUAUAAAUUAUGUUAUACAAAAUAUAUAUUGUAUGUACAUUGUGUAUCAGAAGAUGGUUAGCUAAGCAAUUUUGCCAUGGCCUUGUUAUGCUCGAUAUUAUUUGUAUUGUUUUCAUAUAAAUAUUUUAGCCAAAUCUAUAGCAAUAAUAUGUUGUGUUUACUAUGUUUUUGAAUUGAAUCAUAUGCUACUACUCUUAAGUAUUGUAACAAUAAUAUUUCAACAAAAUAGAAAUAAAAUUAUUAACACAAAAUAAGAAAAAUUUCCGAAUUCAGUUCCAAGUGUGUAGUAUCCUCUCUUAACUAAGUACAGGGUAAUGUGAUAAGUGUAUCACCCUGUUUUAAAGAAGGAU